GACCGCGCCUGUGUGUUGUGAUUGGCUGGAUGUCCUUCAGCGUGACAUUUUCAUUUGUCAAUCCCCCUACCCGGUGUCCGGGUAAGAUGGCGGCCGAAGAACAGUGCUCGGCACCACCUCGAUGGCGGCCAAUAUCGUUAACUCAUGUUGAGUAUCCUGCUGGUGAUCUGAUAGGAAAGGUGUUGGCAUAUAUCAGCCUGCUACCCAUUGCUAUCCUGGUGGGCUUCGUGACACUCAUAGUGUUCAAGCGAGAACUACAUACGAUCUCCUUCUUUGGGGGAUUGAUCCUAAAUGAGGGGCUUAACUGGAUACUGAAACACAUCCUGCAGGAGCCACGCCCUUGUGGGGGUGCCCAUGCAACCCUAAACACAGAGUAUGGCAUGCCAUCCAGUCAUGCGCAGUUCAUUUGGUUUUUUGUGGUUUACUUUUUUCUUUUUCUUUAUUUAAGAAUGCAUCAGACUAACAAUGCUAGAUGUGUGGAGUUGCUGUGGAGACACAUCCUGUCAAUCAUUUUACUGAGCAUAGCCUUGUUUGUGUGUUACAGCAGGGUGUACCUGCUGUACCAUUCCGGAAAGCAAGUGCUUUACGGGGGCGUAAUAGGGAGUGUGGUGGCUGUGGUCUGGUUCUUCAUCACCCAGGAGCUGCUGACUCCACUCUUCCCCAGGAUUGCUGCUUGGCCCAUCUCAGAAUUCUUCCUGGUGAGGGACACCAGUCUUAUCCCGAAUAUCCUGUGGUUCGAGUACACAGUCACGCGCUCGGAAGCCAGAAACAGACAACGAAAACUUGGGACUAAAGUUCAGUGAUUUCCUGCAUUCCUCUCUAUGAAUUAAGGACCACACACGCAUUCACACUCGCACUCUCUUACACUCGCACUCUCACACACUCACACACACACUCACUCUC